GAAAUCGUGGACUUUCCCCGCUUCCCUCACCGGGGACUGUUGCUAGACACCUCUCGUCACUACCUGCCUCUGAAAGCCAUCCUGGAAACUCUGGUAGGGCGCUUGUGCUGGGAGAUGGGGUGGUUUAGCUCAGCAUCCCUUCCUCUGUGGCAGCUGAGGGCUCCUUGAGUGGUCUGGAGGGCUUUUUGGCUUUUUUGUGUUUCUCCUUUCCAAAGAUCCUAGGAACUGUCUAAUGCAUAGGCCACUGCAUCUACAUCUCAUCGAGGAAGAGCUUGUCAAAGCUAGGCUUUUUGAACAAAACCGGCUUACUUGUCCCUAAGUGAAGCAGCAGGCUGGGGUGGGAUGGCAGGGUGACCUCAAUUCUUAAUACACAGAUGUGCAUCAUGGAAAAAUGUUUCUGUGCUGUAGGUCCUUCCCAGUGCCCAUGGCUGUGUUUGCUCCCAGUGUAACUUGCAGCUGCCUCAUUUGGGUGAUUCCUCAGCUCCUUUUGUAAAUAGGAUAAGGAAGAAAACCCUGAGGUAUCUUGGAUACCUGCAAUCCAGAUUACUUUCCGAGGCCAGGUUGUUUCUGAGGCAGGGGAAAAUGCUGACUUCUUCCCAGCCACAUUAGACAAAGGUGGGUGGUGGUUCUGUGUUCAUCCCAAGCAGAAUUAAGCUUCCAGGUCCCCACCGUUGGCUCAGUUAUAUGGAGAAGAGGGAUUUUUUGUUGUAAGCAGGAGCACUACUGACCACCUGCAACGAUCUGAGGUGUCUGAAUCCCUCUUGGAUCCUGGGGAGCGAUUAGGGACUCUGUCUUGUCCUUCUGGAGCCAUGGGGACCUUGUCCCCUUUCUGUGGCAAGCUGGGUGACCUUUCAGGAGGGACAGGGUGGGUUCAUCUUUGUUCCUGUUCCUUCCCAGGAUGUCAUGGCUUACAACAAGUUCAAUGUGUUUCACUGGCACAUUGUGGACGACCCGUCUUUCCCCUACGAGAGCUCAACCUUCCCAGAGCUCAGCAAGCAGGGAGCCUUCAAUGCCAUGACCCACGUGUACACAGCCAGUGACGUACAGAUGGUGAUCGAGUACGCCCGGCUGCGUGGCAUCAGAGUCAUCGCAGAGUUUGACACUCCUGGGCACACCCUCUCCUGGGGUCCAGGUGCUCCAGGCCUCCUAACUCCAUGCUAUUUGGGGAAGAAUCCUUCUGGGACCUAUGGGCCCAUCAACCCCAUCCUUAACAGCACCUAUGAGUUUGUGACCAGUUUGUUUCGAGAGGUCAGCACUGUGUUCCCAGACUUCUUUCUUCACCUCGGUGGUGAUGAGGUGGACUUCACAUGCUGGAAAUCCAAUCCAAAAAUUCGUGCCUUCAUGAAGGAGAUGGGCUUUGGCGAGGAUUACAAAAAAUUAGAGUCAUUCUACAUCCAGAGGCUUCUGGACAUCACCUCUUCCCUUGGCAAAGGUUAUAUCGUGUGGCAGGAGGUGUUUGACAACAGAGUGAAGGUGAGGCCAGACACAAUCAUCCAUGUGUGGAAGGAGAACUGCGCACCUUACAUGGAGGAGCUGGCCAAUGUCACCAAGGCUGGCUACCGGGCUUUGCUCUCUGCCCCCUGGUACCUCAACCACAUCUCCUACGGGCAGGACUGGAUGGCAGCCUACCAGGUGGAGCCCUUGAAGUUUGAAGGCAGCCCCGAGCAGAAGGAUCGGGUGAUCGGCGGAGAGGCAUGCAUGUGGGGUGAAUAUGUGGACGUCACUAACCUGGCCCCCAGGCUCUGGCCAAGAGCUGGGGCCGUAGCUGAGAGACUGUGGAGUAACGUGACCGUCAGGGACCUGCAGGAUGCCUACGUGCGGCUGGCUGACUUCCGCUGCAAGCUUCUCGGGCGUGGUGUCCAGGCACAGCCUCUUUACAUAGGGUACUGUGAAAAUGAAUUUGGCGGGUUUUGAAGGGCAUGUCCCACUGACCUCGGUCGCUGUGCACACAGGAGUGAUCCCUCUCUCUCAAAAGCCGCUGGAUCAGCAGAGGGACCCCUUCCCGCCCCCAGCUUCUGCUCUUGCUUUGUUGCAAUGAACUUUUUUUUCCUUAGUGUGCACUCUUCGCGUCUUCUUCUAUUUUUAUUUCUUUAAACCUAUAAAUAAAUUACUCUAAAGAGGAAAAAGGUGCCUUUUCAUGCUCAGCAGGGGCUUGGGAGACCGUGCAAGGGGGUUUUGUUAGCAGGAGAAUGGGUUGUGCUUGCUCCCGGAGGUGCCAGGGUGGAGGAACAUCCUGGUGGUUUUGGGGCUUGCUGGGUGCCUGCUCAGCUGGAUAAACUGCCUUUAGUCUCUGCUGCUGAGGGGAUGAGAAGGUGUGGGCUCCCCCAGUUUUUUUCACCUUGACCUCUUACUGUCCACACCUGGACAAUGCACUACUUUGUGCCAGGAUGCUACCUUGUGGUGACCUUGGUUUUGCUUCUGUGGCCUUCCCACAUGCCAGUGGUCAACGUGGUGGUCAGUGUUCCAGGCCUGCAUCUGAGAGUCUUGGUGUGGAUAGUAUUUUCCUUGGAAAAGAGUCUGCUGGUGCUGCUGUCCCACAGAGCUGGGACAGUCGGGGUCUUUGUCGUUGAUGGUUGAGGUUGCCGGGCUGGAAACCACAUUCUGCUCGAAGCGGAGUAUCUCCCAGGGAGAAAUCCUGGCUGAGGGGACUGUUGUACAUGUGGCUUGGUCUUAAAUGAGUUAAAUCAGCUGUUGUGUCUGGA